ACACAAUUUGGGACUGUCGUGGGGAGGGGGGAGUAAGAAAAAAGAGAGGCGCUAACAUGGUAAGUAGCUCCGUCUCGUUGAGUGAAAUCCGGGUUACCAAAUGAAAAAGUUUGAGACACUUCCAGAAUGCCGUUAGAAGUUGAAAGACACAAGUCACUCGUACUACACAAUUUUUACAAACGUCGAAUUCUACUCACCAAGACUAGCAAGAAAGAUGAGAGAAAUCAAGCUAUUGUGUCCUUCAAUAUCAAAGAUAGUAGUGUCGAUCAUGGUUUGGGAAGAAGAAAGACUUGAUCUUGGCUCCAUUGCACGUGUUUUUGGGCUUGACCCAUCAACUUUGAAGAUAAAUGGUCACUUUAUCAGUAGAGGAGUUGAUCUUAUUGCUUCUUCUGUUACAUGGAAAUCCCUUCUUUCCUUCUUCUCUGCUCGUGGCUUCUCCACUGCCCCCCUCAUUGUUGAAGGAAAGCUCUCUGAAGUUGGUUCCAAAAGAUCACAUAGUCCAGCAGAAGUUGAUAAGGGGUUGCUCUGGAAGAAGGAACUCAAUGAUGAGAGAGAGAAACAUCAUGAAGACUCCAACUCCCUUGGUAACAAAAAAUUCAAGGAAAGCGCUAGAGGAGUAAGAUCGAACCUGAAAAGGAAGCUUUCUUUGGAAGGUUCUGGUCUAUUUAAGAGAUCAAGAACAAAUGAAUAUUAUUCAGGUUCGAGAGAGGAACCAGUGGAUUUCCCAAAAGCUGAUAGGGCACGUUUAUGCAGUUUAGCUAGUGAAAAGUUGAAAAGGAUUAGAGAUGAUGAGAUGGUUGUAACAAACCCUUUCAAGAGAAUACGAUAAUUUGACCAAAAACAAACUGUGUUGUAUAUUGAAGGCACCAUAUUACCAUUGUAUUCACCUAGUAAGUCCUUGCUAGUGGGUUAAGUCGUUGAUGGCACAACUACUUAUAUGAACAGCCCUUCUCGAGUUUGUCAACGUAGAUUAUAAUUUGUUCUGUGGAGUUCCCAAUGAAUAAGAUGUCCCUUUUCCUUUUUA